CAGAAUUAGAAUAUCACGAUGAUCAUAGAAGUCGUUCUGUCUAUGUGAAAUUUCCUAUAGACAAAUCUUCAACAAGUUUAUCAGGAAUUAUUCCUGAAAAUGAUUCGAUUUCUGCAUUAAUAUGGACUACGACACCAUGGACACUUCCUGCUAAUCAGGCAGUUGCAAUAAGCCCCGAAAUUACGUAUUCGAUUAUUAAAGUUGACUUUACAUCGAAUCAAGAGUAUUAUAUUGUUGCAAAAGAGAGAUUGAAUGCACUGCAACAGAUUCUUGGCUUCGAAAGUUUUAAUUUUAUCGCAGAGUUCCCAGGCUCGGCAUUGGUCGGAACCAAAUACAAACACCCAAUAACCAAAAAUCCGCACAAUAUAAUUGCAGCAUCCUAUGUAACCUCAGAAUCGGGUACUG